CGCCAUGUCACGACCGACGACCGCGGUUGCCCCUGGCUAUAAUGUAGGUUAACUAUGAAUAUUCCACCGUAAUCGUCAGCGGAUUAACUACUGCAUUCGGUUUUCAAGAUGUCGAUGGACUUCCUUAAAACGACCUACCGACCUGCUAUUCCACGGGAUACGAAAAGCAGGACGUCGUACAGCCAAAUGAACAGCUGGAUGCAAAUGCCACCUAUGGAAAAGAAGCACAUAGUUCAGUUUGGGGGUGCAAGCAACAUCCCGCCACCCGUCCACCUGCAAUACUACAAGUCUGGCGGCUACGACGAUGCGCACAAGGCAUUCAGACAAUUGGAGAAUCAGAACCUAGCCAAUUCAUAUCCCCAUUACGGUCCCCCGAGGCUGCGUAAUGGUCACGUGGGUGGUAGCUGGCGUCAUAUGAAGGAGGUCUUACAAGCAGGCGGACGCCGCAUAGUAUUUGUUGAUGGUCAGAUCACCAAUGAUGAUCGUCAUCGAUCAGAGCGAGUGCCUCACGGAGACAUGAUCCGACCUAUCAUAAGGAAGCACAACAAUGACGAGCAUACGGCCAUGGCCGAUCACCAGCCAGAUACCCUCCCGAGAAGACAAAGGAUAAGGCAACUCAAUAUGACAGCCUACAGAGCGACAGAUACCGAGGGCCAGAGGGCCAGGGAAAAGGUGAACUGGUGUGUAAUGCGAUAGUAGCUGAUGUGCGUGUACCAAUCCCAUAAACUUUUCUUGGCUUUGCAUUACAAGACAUCUUCCGAAACAUGCCUUUGUCUGGAUUCUAGAGAUUUAUCGUAUACCAUUUAUUUUUGCGAGGAAAUUGCCGGAGCUUUCUUCGAAAAGCUGUAUGAUGAAUGGUAGAGUGAUAUUUUCGCAGCACUAGGUGUUUUCGCAAAAUCGCCAAAGUCAAUUUCUUUAGUGUUGUGAAUGGAUGGAUCGCAUAUUGUCCAACAUUUUGGCGGCUUUAUCGAAGAUCGCUUAAAUAGUUGUGCUGAAAUAUCAUAUCGUGCACUGCUAUACAUAUGGAUAUCAUCCGAGACUUCAGAGGCGUAUCUAGCUUUUUGGUCGGGGUGCCUGAGCAGAAAGCAAAUUGAUACGUUUUAAAAAUUUCGACGAAAAUACAUUUUGGGCGACUUCUUGGGGAGCAAUGGGCAUCCACCCCCACGCUAACCCCGCUAGCUACGCCCCUGGAUUGCUUCCCGAUGUACAAGCAAGGAGAAGUAAUACAUGAGUGAUAUAUCCUGAGGUCCGAGAAAAACGUCCGAAAAACUCAUACCUGGGUCAAUUAAUAGUUUUUAGUCAAUUUAAAAAAUGUGAUAAUUUAAAAAGUAUUAACCUAGUUUGAAUAAAGAAACAAACAAAGAAAUAUGUCUGAUGAAAAU